AGGUGGUCGCACGGAACCCUCGCAGUGGUGUUAAUGCUAUUUUUGUUUAGUGGGUUACUUUCAACACUGUUAACGUCCCAAUAUAUAGUCCACUACUUUCAGAUUCACAUGUAUCCUAACUCCAAUCUAUCUACUUCUGAGGGUUCCGCCUGUAACGUAAACACGUCGACUGAAGUCUACCAUGAAAGGACUACUGUACAGAAGACGGCUUCAAGGUUCAAUAUCUACUUCAAGCUGGCAGAUAAUUUACCAGCUCUCGUAACUUGUGGGGUGAUUGGCGGACUGAGUGACCGUUUUGGGAGAACACGAGUUCUAACGUUUACAAUAAGUUUAUAUUUUCUAUGUAAUUGCAUUUCCAGUAUUAUCAUUUAUUUUGAGUUCAGUGUUUACUACCUCUUAAUUGGCAACAUGUUAAAUGGCUUCGGAGGUGGUUUUUACGGAGUACUUUCAGUUGGAUUCGCCUACAUUUCGGAUGUUACAAGGCCCGGAAAGCAACGAACUCUAAUGAUAACAUGUCUUGAAGCCGCCAUCGGAAUAGGUGCGGCACUUUCGGGGUUCGUUUCUGGGUUCGUUAUUCAGCGUGUCGGUUUCUUCUAUGCAAACAUAUGCGUGUGUGCAGCAACAGCCACUUCAGUGCUGGUUAUUGUGUUGUUUCUGCCGCAUUCACGCCCACGUGCCAUGUUUAUAGCCAAAACCUCCAUGUUUGAAAAUGCCCGCGCAUCAUUUAUAUUCUAUUUUCAGGCAUCUCCUAUAAGAUACAAAUAUGUACUGGGAAUAAUAACUUUCAUGACGGCGUCGCUUUCUCUUCUUGGUAGACCAAGUACAGAAAUUCUGUACCAAUUAAAUGCACCAUUUUGUUGGACGUCUGUUAAAGUUGGGUAUUACACGGCAAUUUCGGUUUCAACUUCAAUGAUAUUAGGUGUAGCUAUUGUCAAAGGUCUGCAGAUAUUUUUCGCCGAAGAAAUCAUCGCAAUUUUAAGUGCUAUCUCUGGAAUGUCAGCUUAUACUGUGGAGGCAUUAGCGGUUGAUGACGUCAUGUUGUUUAUGGUUCCAGUCAUAGGUUUCCUAAACGCUUUGGUGUUCCCGAUGGUUAGAUCCAUACUGUCCAAACUUACUCCCGCCGACAGACAGGGUGCUCUGUUCGCCGGAAUAGCCGUGGUAGAGAUAGUAGCUAACCUGGGGAGCAAUGUUGGAGCGUCAUCUAUCUAUGCAGCGACGGUUGGCACUAUGCGAGGCUUGGUUUUCCUGGUAUUCGCCAGUAUGUCUCUACUUACCGCAUGUCUUCUGCUGGUUUAUCGUAUCACAAAAGGAAGGUCGAAAACAGUACCAAUCGAGGAUGUUAACAAAGAUGUCACUAGCACACAGAUAAUGGAAGAAAAACUAUGA